AGGAACUCGGGUGCAUGUGCUCAAACCCUUGACAAAAGAACAUAAACUCGACAGCAAAGGCUCUUGAGUUAUGACCAUCGACAGCACUCGCAACUAUGGCUCCGGUCAAGCUUCUUGAGGGCAAGGUCGCCCUGGUGACAGGUGCAGGAAGUGGUUUUGGUGAAGGGAUCGCGAAACUUUUUGCACAAGAAGGUGCUAGAGUAAUCAUCGCAGAUAUCGAUGAGGAGAAUGGACAACGUGUUGCUGCUGAUAUCGGCCGGGACGGAGGGGCUGCUGAAUUCACUUCAAUGAACGUUACAGUAGAAGCAGACUGGAGGAAAGGGCUCGACUUUGCCAGGACCAAGCUCGGAAGGCUUGACAUUCUUGUGAACAAUGCUGGAUGGACGUAUCGAGUCAAGGAUACAAUUACUGUCUCGGAGGCCGAAUAUGAUCGUGUCUUUGAUAUCAACGUCAAGGGCAUUUUCCAUUCAGUGAACACCAUAUUACCGCAUUUCCUGGCACAAGGGCAUGGCAAUAUCAUCAAUAUCGGAUCCUGCAUCACCGAGAAGCCCACUCCAGGUCUUACCUGGUACGGUGCUACUAAAGGGGCUGUCGAUAUGGUGACACGUCAUCUGGCCGCAGAGUAUUCGCCAAAGGGAAUCAGGAUAAACGGCGUUUCGCCUUCGAUAAGCGAGACACCACUGAUGCGUGAAUUCAUCGGCAAAGAACCAGAUGCUGAGAGCAGAACAAGCCUUGCAUCUCCAGUCCCGCUGAGCCGACUGUGCACCCCUCAAGACAUCGCUAAGGCAGCUCUUUACUUUGCUACCCCUUACUUCAACGAUUUUCAAACUGGUAUUAUUCUGAGAGUGGACGGCGGCCAUUACUUGUGAACGAAAAAGAACCCCUGGAAGACAAUUGUGUACUAUGUCCUUGAAUCGACGAAGCAGCAGUUGGGCACCGCUUGAACAGGAGGCCCGCCUGCCACACAAAUUGUCCUCGCUGCUGUUUGUCGUCGAAUGACACCCUAGCGCCAUAUUACACGAUUUACCUGUAAGACCGCAGUACACCGAGGCUUCGUGUAGGUGUUCCAAAACCUUCCUGCAUGGCCAGCACCUACUCAACUGGCGAAUGCCCGGGUUGAUGGAGCCAUGGAGAGCUCGGACAGCCUAGGGCAGCGUAUCAAUAUAGAAAGUCCCGUAGCACAGACGAUUGCAUUAAUGCAAGUCAGCUACAAAUUAUUAGGCUAAUCAUGUAUAUUGGAGCCUGCAUCGGUC